GGACCAGGCUGACUGCUGUACCUCCUUCAGCUUGUCCUUAGACAUUUGCCCAUGGUCACUCUCUCUUUCUUUUGACACAACAAAGACUCAGAAAUUUGCUGCAGUAGUGCAUGUGCCUUGCAAAGAGUGGAGCAAGAUAAUCAGAGAACCAUAGAAUGGCUUGAGUUGGAAAGGACUUUAAAGAUCAUCUAGUUCCAAUCCCCCUGCUGUGGGCAUAAUGUAUUCCCCCUUUCAAGUUUUGGUCUCUGAGUGGCAGAUGGUGGGAUCUUUUAUUUAAUGCUUGAGUCAGCUCACUGACACACUCCACUUUCAAUUAAUCCCUUCUUUUUUUUCAAUGAUGUAUAGCUGUAAAUGAUUAUAAUAAUCUGCUGAGGCAGAAAGAGCAAAAGUUGAAUAAAUACAGUGAGAAUUUGAGGACUCUUAUUAUUUUACUUCUUACAUCUCCAUAGAAUUAACAUUUACUCGGUAUUGUAAGAUAUGUGACUUGCUUUAGUUUAAUAGUAACUGUAUUUAUCUCUUGAAAUAAAAAAGCAUUAGCAGCCUGGCCCAAUAGUCUGAAGUAGAUCAGUUUUUAAUGUAUGUGGCAUAAAAGCCGAAAAUUUUCAUUGAUUAAGGUACAUCAUAAACUAUUCAAGAAACAACUUAAUCUAUUUAUGUUUGGUUUCUUCCCCAUAAAAAAACACCUGAAAAUAUAUUUUUUUCCAUAUGAAAAAAUAAACCCACUAAACAAUCCAGACAGAUGUAAGCACAAUACUGAUUUUGACUGCUUGGAUGGUGUGUCCAUUGAAAACUGGUAAAUACUGCUGAAGUGACGAGGCUUUAGCCCAAUUAUUUUUGAAUGACAUGUGAAUGCUGCGGGCAGGGAUACCAUUAGGAAAGGGCAUUUGCUAUCAGGGAAAAAAAAAACCCAAUAUCCCAUGCCCAGGAGAGUCCCCAGAAUUAGCCAAUGGUAAAUGACUGUACAUCAUGACACCAGCCCUGCGGAUUUAUAUCUUUUACGGUGACACACUAUUGGUUGCUAGUAUGGCUCUAUGGGAGGGAUCACUGCCUCUGUCUGUGGCUUCCUCUUCAGGUCCUUAUUUGGUAGCUGUUGAUAGAGCAAGUCUUUGAGCAGCUGAGCAUCUUGACAUACAUUAUUCAUUAAAUCCUGGUGUUCAGGAAAUAUGCAUAUCCCUAGCUCUUCAGAAAUUUCUUCAGCUCGUACAAUAUGUGUCUUCAAUGUUACCUCUGAAUGCUUGGAGUUUCACAAAUGGCAUUUAUACAAUCAGAAGACCACACAGUUGGAUUUCAUUUCAGUAUGCCUCCUGAGCACACAGCUGCUGAGAACCUGAAGACCAGCAAAAAGAAUUAGGAGAGAGAAGACAGAAUCUUUAUUCUUGGAAGUAUUUUGCAGUGUUAGACAGCAAAGAACUGAUAGCUUAGAUUGGUAGUACAGAAAAAAUCAAAAAUGCCUGAGGCAAACUAUUUACUCUCUGUUUCUUGGGGCUACAUAAAGUUUAAAAGAAUGCUCAACCGUGAGCUAACCCACCUCUCUGAAAUGAGCAGGUCAGGCAAUCAGGUGUCAGAAUAUAUAUCAAAUACUUUCUUAGACAAGCAACAUGAAGUUGAAAUCCCUUCUCCAACACAGAAAGAGAAAGAGAAAAAGAAGAGGCCAAUGUCCCAGAUCAGUGGAGUCAAAAAACUCAUGCACAGCUCCAGCCUAACUAAUUCCAGUAUUCCCAGGUUUGGAGUUAAAACAGACCAAGAAGAUGUCCUUGCCAAGGAACUUGAAGAUUUGAAUAAGUGGGGCCUUCAGGUUUUCAGAGUAGCAGAGUUAUCUGGAAACAGACCUCUGACAGUCAUCAUGCACACUAUUUUUCAGGAACGGGACUUGUUAAAAACUUUUAAGAUUCCAGUAGAUACUUUAAUAACUUACUUGAUGACCCUGGAAGACCAUUACCAUGCAGAUGUAGCAUACCACAAUAACAUACAUGCUGCAGAUGUUGUUCAGUCAACACAUGUCCUACUAUCAACCCCAGCAUUAGAGGCAGUAUUCACUGAUUUGGAGAUUCUUGCAGCAAUUUUUGCCAGUGCAAUACAUGAUGUAGAUCAUCCUGGGGUUUCAAACCAAUUUCUUAUCAACACAAAUUCUGAACUCGCCCUGAUGUACAAUGACUCAUCAGUAUUGGAGAAUCAUCACUUGGCUGUGGGUUUCAAGCUGCUGCAGGAAGAAAAUUGUGAUAUUUUCCAGAAUUUGACCAAAAAACAGAGACAAUCAUUGAGAAAAAUGGUCAUUGACAUAGUACUUGCAACAGAUAUGUCUAAGCAUAUGAAUCUACUGGCUGAUUUAAAAACUAUGGUUGAAACUAAAAAAGUGACCAGUUCUGGUGUCCUGCUUCUUGAUAACUAUUCAGACAGGAUUCAGGUUCUUCAGAAUAUGGUGCACUGUGCAGAUCUGAGCAACCCUACCAAGCCGCUCCAUCUCUACCGCCAAUGGACAGACAGAAUAAUGGAGGAAUUUUUCCGUCAGGGAGAUCGGGAACGAGAGAGGGGAAUGGAGAUAAGUCCCAUGUGUGAUAAGCACAAUGCAUCUGUAGAAAAAUCACAGGUGGGUUUUAUAGAUUACAUUGUUCAUCCUUUGUGGGAGACGUGGGCAGAUCUCGUUCACCCGGACGCCCAGGAUAUCUUAGAUACACUGGAGGACAAUCGAGAAUGGUACCAGAGCACAAUCCCUAGAAGUCCCUCUCCUGCACCUGAAGAAAAGGAAGAGGGAAAGCAGGGUCAAACUGAAAAAUUCCAGUUUGAACUAACACUGGAAGAAGACGGUGAGUCAGACACCGAAAAGGACAGUGGAAGUCAAGUAGAAGAAGACACCAGCUUCAGUGACUCCAAGACUCUUUGCACCCAGGAUUCAGAAUCCACUGAAAUUCCUCUUGAUGAGCAAGUAGGGGAAGAAGUGGAAGAGGACGAGAACCAAACAGCAGAGCCUUGUAUGGUAGAAGAACAUUCUCCUGACACAUAACAAUGAAAACUCAGUCUCUAUCUCUCUUGCUCACUCCCUUUCUUUUCCUCUUUCUCUCUUUUCUUUUUUUUUUUUUUUUUUUUUUUUUUUUUUCUUUUGCUGGGGGAGGUGGUGGGGGGCUGGGGCAUGUUCAGUUUUGUUACGAAUUUUUAAUUUUCUUUUUUUUAAAUGUAGGUAAUGAUUUCCAAAAUAUAUAACACAUGCUACAACCAUAGUCAGAACUUGGUGUUAUCUGCCAGAAUGAUUGUUGAUCAAAACUGAAGUUGAUGAUUCAGUUUGGCACUCAGGAAUAUUGUUAACAGAAUUUUCACCUCCAUGCGGUCAGAAAGCAGGGGGAAAACAUGCAUAAAUUACAUUUUAAUAAGGUCUGUAUUUGGCAGAUUCCAUUAAAUAAAGCAAAUGCUUUCAGAGGAGUACCACCUGCCAAACGAAUGUUGGUGUGCUUUGAUAGUUUUUGAAUUCAUUGUAUUGUAUUGUAAGACAUUGGGUAAAAUUCAUCUGUAGAAGAAACAGAAAAAACAUUGAGGUUCCUACUGGAAAACAAAUUCAUGAGAAUGAGGGGACACAAAUGGAUUCUGUUACCAACAUGAAGAUAAGCUGUGAAAAUGACAUAAUUUUCUAAUUUCUAAUUUUCUGAGACAUGACUGAAAAGAAUGUGACCCAGUGGGUUGCAUAACCUCUCCAUUUUGUAUAAUAUGUGCAAGAGAUCUUUUUUAGGGUUCACUUUUAUUAAAUAUAAAGGUAUUACAUUUUUUUAAAAACCCAUUUUCAUCUGCCACUGGUUAUAUUUUUUUCCAAAGAGUAACUUACAAGUUUUCAGUACAAAUCUGUACUACACUGGAUAAUACUUGUAGGGUUUUUCCUUUAAUUCUUCUUUUUGGGUUUUUUUUGGCACCUUAGAAUGUCAUGGUAAUAUUGAUCAGUAAAUGUCUAUUAUUUUAUAUAUUAGUGAGUUCCAUGAGUAUUUAUGUUACAUAAAACUUUUUCAGUAGAAUAGCUUUUUUUUCAUUUGUUUUUUCAUCACGAUUUUCCCAGAUGUGUUAGUGGACUUAUAUAGUCCUUUUGCCCUCAUAGUAGCCUGAUCCUGCCAACUCUGUCUUACUAUAGGAAGUGGUCUAGAUGAUACCACCUGGGACCACUAACAUGAGGAUUUACAGGACCAGAGCCUGUAAAAAGAGUAAUGAAUUGUCAUCAGUAAAAAAACACCUCUUUUGCUAUUCUAAUAAUUUUUUUUUUUCCUCUGAAACAUGGUUUUUCAGACAGUUUUUGUCUGGGAGCUGUAGACUGCUAAAUCAGAACAGACUAAUACAAUGUAUGAAAUAUUUGUUCUGGUGCAAAAAAUCAUUAGUGUAAUAUUUCCAGUUUAUGACUCCCAGUAACUUUUAAUCUGGGUAGCUAUCUAGUUAAUUUGCUAAUCUGAGAGGUGUAUUACAUAAAAAUUAUGAUUAGUGUUAUUUUUUCAUGUCUGUUGCUAGAAGAGACAGGCCAGUCUUGUCUUUUUAUAUUAUAGUAUAAGUGAGCAGUGUAUCGACAGAAUUGUAGUUUUCUCCAUAUUAUUUCAAUCUUAGAUCUUUUCAUCCUUUAUCCAGUAUGUGCUAAGGGAAUCCUACCUUUCAGUUUGAUUGGUACUGAAAGCUUCUAUAACAUGGAAAGCUAAAGGGAGGUAGGAGUUCAUAUUUGUCAUUUUUCAGUCUUGAUGUUUGCUCACAUGGAAGAAGAGAUUUUAUUUCCUCUACUUUACUCUUCAUUAGAAUUGUAGUUUUGAGAGUAGAAGAUGGGAAAUAGUUUCCUAGGGACGCUAACAGACUCCUAUGUUGCAAAAUUCUGAUAAAAUGACAAUAUCAAGAUAAUUUCUUAACAAAAGGUGAUAGAAGCAGCCAUUAUUUUCCCUCUGGAUUUCUUUUUGUAGCAAUUUUGCAGAUUUGAAUUCAGGUACUUUUAAAUAACCAGAGAGCUAGAAUAAAAACUUGUUUUAAACUAAUUGGCUAAUAUUUCAACUUUUAAAUAAAUUUUGCAUUCUUCUAUAUCCAGGUCAUAAUUUUCUUUGCCAUUAGCCCGUUCAGGGCCUUAGCAGAGAAGAUGCAGAAGGAGCAAAAGAAUGAAGAUAACUCAUGGGAUUUUUUUUUUUUUUGUGUGUUUUGACUUUUUUUUUAAUUCCUUUUUUUUUUUUUUUCAUUAUUUCUUGCUUAACCUGAUCCAUCUAAAAGUCCUUUCAGCCCCCAAGAGUGCCUAGAACCUCAGUAGUGGAAAAGCAAUAUAAAUUCCAGAAUAACCAGUAGGACCUGGGAGGUUUUGUUUCUGCACUAAUUGAAAGUAAAUAAACAUAAAACCAUAUUGUGAGAUAUACACAUGUACAUGUGGACAAUCAAAUCAUAGAAAAUGAUACCAUUUCUUAGAGUUGGGGAUAUAAUGCACUGUACAAUCUUUUUUUUUCCUCUUUUGCCAAAGUGUGUUUUAGCAUUGUACACUGCUUUAAAACAAAACAAUUUACAAGUGGCUUUAUGUGUUGUGAAUAUUUUUGCCAUAAAAAAUGCAGUGAGUGGAUAUUGAGUGGGAGGAAAAGAGAAAAAUCACCUUGUUUAUAACAGUACACUUUAGCUUGCAAGUUGCUGUACUCAGUAAUGCUGUAUUUAAAUUCUUAAAUUGUUUUGUGUCAUUAAAAGAGGAUAAUGAAAGAAUAUAGAAAGAACAAAUAGCAUUCAGAAAUUUUAAAACUUGAAUGAAAUGGAUUUUAUAGAAAGCUUUGACAGUUAUUUUCAAAUGCAUUAUUUAUUCUUUGUGCCAUACAUUUUUUCUCACCAAAUGACCUUACCUGUAAUACAGUCUUGUUUGUCUCUGUUUACAACCAUGUAUUUAUUGUAAUGUACAUACUGUAAUGUUAAUUGUAAAUUAUCAGUUCUUAUUAUAACAUCAUCCUUGUCAGGGUGGUGUUGCUGUAUCUGGAAACUCUUGGUGAGAGAAUGACUAUUGUGUAUACAUAUUCCUUGUACAUUUCUUCUCCUGUAAUAUAUUCAGCGUCACCAUAGAACUCAUUUAUGGAAGAUUCAAGAAAAGUGUAAAAUACAUAAAGAUAUAUCAAUUUAAAAAGCUGCAGGUCUUUGGUCCCAGGGCUGUGCCUUAACUUUAAACAAUAUUUUUUUGUUUAGCUGCAUUUGAAAGUAAGGUAGCCUUGGGGCUGGGGCUGGGCAUUUCUACCAUAUUUUUAGUUGCUGACUGAUGGGGGAUACUCUUACAAGCUAAUAUGUGUAAUACUACAAUAAAUUUUCAUUCUUGACCCUCCUGGAAGUUCACGCUUUUGCAGACUUCUGGUAAUGUAAUUGUAUUGUCUCUGAAUAUCUUUUUACAGCCUGUAAUUGGGGAUUAUUGCAGCCAUUUUUUGUUCCUAAAAAUGAUAAAUAAUUGAUGCUGCAUUUCAGUGCUGAAAUGCACUGAAACAGCUUUGGAAAGCAUCUCUAAUAAACGUUUGAUUUUAAUGCAGAUUGUGAAAUUGAAUGAUCAGAAUUAAGAGGGUGUAACUCAUACACUUUUACAAUUGUCUGUAAUGUCUCUUCUUUAGUAGCACAAAUGAUCACUGUAUAAGCAGAAUCCAUAGUAGGAUAUACAACUUCAGUCUUGGAAAUGCUUUCCAAUACUAGUGUUACAAGUAGCCAAAGUUUAUUUCAUAUAGGUGUAGCUAAAGCUUUGUGCAGGUGUGUGUAGCAUAGUGCACUAGCUCUCCAGAAGAGCAGUAAACUGUUAGAUGUUUUAAUAACACUACUAUUAGGUUUGCAGGUUGGACUGAGCAACUCUUGCUGUUUGACUUGUCACAUUACUCCAGAUAACUCAGAGCUGGUAUCAUUGAAUUUGCCAGAGUGGGGUAAAAACCUCUUCUCCAUUCCAGUGAUGCCCAGCCCUUGUAACUUGAGACUUAUUCAUGAAAGGAGAGAUUCUUUUACAAGAAAAAACAGAAUCUCCUUUUUGACACAAACUGUAGAUUUUAGCAGCCCUGGCCCAAAGGAAUUUGAAUGCUUUUGUUUUAUAUGGUCUAAAAGGGACACUACAACAACAGAAAUCCUGAACAAUUUAUUGUUACUGUUUUAAUUCGGUAUUUUCUUUGGGGAUGUCUUGAGAGUGGCAACUUGUGUGAACAUUGCACAUGGCUAUUCUUUCACUGGUUUCUUAGCCUCUCUUACAGCCUAUGGGUUAGUACUGUACAUCAAUACCUUCAUAUGAAAUUUUAUAUGCAAUGGAAAUAAAAGCAUGUGUUGAUUCUGCCUA